UCUACCAACGCACGCCGUACGGUAAGGCCGCGGUCAAGUUCGUCGAUGACCAGUACGUUGGCCGUCUGGCACCAGUUUAGGAAUGUGGAUGAAAAAUGAUUGCUACUCCAUACGUCUAAUCCGCAAGAAUUGUUAAGCUUUUUUACACUGUCUCACACUAUUACGACGACGAGAGUGGUCACGAUACUGUCAAGCACGGUGUAACGCGUUGUAAAAGAGCUUAACGUAGAAUGUGCGUUGGACCGUCGUGGAAGCAUUGAGGUGACAAAGUAGAAACCCAAUACAGCAGUGACAACCUUUCCUGGCAUAUAAAGUCCCACUGGCAGUUUCAGCUGGCAAGGACCAUAAACCAGCGACUAUCAACGGUGUAAUCAAGCUUGAGGUUCGGGUGCGAAGGAUACAGCCAAAGAGACAUAGAUCAGUUUUCUGCUUGGUAUCCCAACACAGGAAGUUGAGUGAUAGAACACAGAGAGUCGAAGUUCGAUACGCUGGGCACAUCCGAUUCCUGUGCCAAAGAGGAGCUCGUCAUUUCACAUAGCCGCUAUGGCUCCCGCGUUAUUAGCGGGGUCUAUUGGCUUCCUGGUCAUGCAUUCAAUGUCGCUUCUGAUUUCCGUCUAUGGGCAACCGUACAGUUACAUUUACUUCAAGGGCCCAGGGGCAAAAGAGCCUACGUUUACCUUUAAUCUCACGCAUCCAAGCGAACAGCUUUCCCCGAAUCGACCGCCGUCUGAAUUAUUUGGAGUCGUUAUACCGCCAGCACCAGCUGCUCGUAAUCAAUCGGUUUCAAAAACAACAGUUAACUCAACAUUCAGCCCCGUUUCAACAUUAGGCGCGUCAGGAAUAGAAAUUCCUGCAGUAUUUUUGGAAUCCGCAGGCAAAAAGUUGCCAGCCUCUCCGCAGCUGUCGCAAACGAACCAAGCAAAUUACACGACUCGUAGUACCGACAGCCCACCCUCAAAAGAAGUGAGUCGAAGCAAAGAUUUCGCUACCCCGGCAACACCCCCAGUCAAUUCGACUAAGAAACCCCCUCUUCCAAGGUCAGUGCCGCAAAGAUCUGAAGUGCAGAACAUAUUCGAAGAGAUUAACGAAAAAUCGAAGCCCUUUAAAUUCCCGAAAGGCAAAUCCGGAAUUAUGGUGCGACUCCCAGGAGGAGCGAGUUACUUUGUUGAUUUCGGCACCACGUACCUUGAUGAAUCCAGCACAACGGCUCUUCUCGGAACAAAUAAGACGACCACAACCCCAUUGCCUGGUACAACUACAAUCAAACCAUCAUCUCCGGUCGUUCGAACGCCAUUGACCGAUUUCACAUCUCAGCUAUUAAGCGGAUUCACCCGUCAACCAACAGAAAUAACCUCGAAAAAAUCUCCACGGUUUACUCGACCUGAUAGAACCCGUAAGCCAUCUAGACGUCGUUUCCAAGAUAGCAGUCUCUUCUCAUCGAAUAAUGGCUCGGUCUCGUCAGUGCCUUCGACGAAGAAGCAAUUUGGUCGUAAUCAAGUCAACGACAAAGAUACGUCAAGAAGGUUCACCCAGAUUCCAGUCAUUCGAAGACCUUCCACAGGUGCUAUCGUCCAGAAUCGCGAUGAUCGAAGCUUCAAGAGCGAAGGACGCUUCAAAUCGAAAGCAAGAAACAGCAAUAGGGGCCAGCUGGGAGGAGCCAACGUACAAGUUCGCAGAAAAGAAGAUGGAGGCGACAAGGGUCGGCCAGAGCUUCGCUUUGAGGGGGCUCGCGACGACGUUGAGCACUUUACAACGCCGUUAGUGAGCCGUAAAACGGUGCCGACCCGUAAGCCAGAAGUGAUUAAGGUUCUGCGCGACAAACUUCGACAGCAACAACUCGACGAGUUUGAAGAGUUCCCCCGGCAGGACGAUGACGAUUAUAUCAGCGAUGAUAAAAAUGAUGAUCGGAUCAACUUUAAGCCCACCUUGUCGUUGUUCGACCCAGCGCUUCGGUUCAAUGGCAUCGAUGCCCGGCCCGUUACCAAGACUCCGGAACGGACCAGAAAACUAACACAACCAAGUUCAAGGUUCCCCACCCCGUCACUGCCCCCGUCGACAUCAACCGUCGCGGAUGUAUUUGGUGACGGGCGAACCUUCGCGCCAACAACAGCGCGUCCAGUGACGACGACACGCCGACCAACAACUAUAAGCAGCACUACACCAGCGACUACAUGGAAACCGGACACGACGACAAAUUACUUUUCGACCGGUCGCAAUACACAGCCACCGACAACCAACACGGGCACGACGUUCCUGGGAACAGUAUUCCCUGAUGUUAGCGCAGUUUCCCGAACGCCAGCCUUCCCGACUUUUUCCUCGUUCCCAACAUCAAACUGGAUAGCAUCCGGCCAAACGAAGACGAGCCCUACCACGAGUAGGCCGUCCUUGCCAACGCGAGCCCCUACACUUAUUACUCGAUCACCUACGCCGAGCAUUUUCAAGAUUUCUGUCAUCACAACGACACAACGACCAACUAAUCCCACCACCAUAAGGACAUUCCGCCCAACAACAUUCACUUUUCUCACGUUUCCACAAACGUUGACAACUACCUCUCGGCCGCAAACAACGUUCCAGGUACCCAUCACAACCACUGCAAAACCCAGCUCGACGCGAUUCCCUAUGAAGACCAUACCGUCAACGCUAAUGCCCAGUAUAGCCUUUACUACAGUGUCCCGGCCCUUAACUACUUCGAGAUUAACGACGACAGAAAGGCCGCUUACGACAACACUGCUGCCGACACAGGCUGUAACCGCCACGUCAUCGCCAGCACGUCAAGGCCCUUUAAAGACCUCGACGGACUUUGCUGUCACGUCGCGCGCUGAUUUCUGUCCUGAGAAACGGUACAAUUCGAAACAUACCCUUUGUCGGUCGACGACAUGUCACACUGUGGAAAGGGGCCUGAAGAAUGGCGAGGAACAGGAGAUCCUUUACGCACAUAACCGAUAUCGUGCCCAGGUGGCUACCGGAUCAACUCAUUAUUCGCAAUUGCAGCAAGCGAGUGACAUGCUCCUACUCGAAUGGGACGAUGACCUGGCAGCUACGGCACAAGCACAUGCAGAUCUUUGCAGUUUUGACCAUGACUGUUCUUCGUGCAGAAGAAUAGCCAAAUUUUCAUCAGUCGGCCAAAACCUCUGCCUGGACCAAACAAAUGCCCCAAAUCCACAGGCAAAUUGGACGGCAUGUAUUAAGCAAUGGUUCGAUGAGGCACUCCUUGUUCGGCCAUCAGAUAUCCACCCGUACCACUUUAUUCAUGACACCGGUCACUUCACUCAGAUGGCAUGGUCGCGCACAUGGAAGAUUGGAUGCGGUUACGCGAUGUACCCCUCGAAACAGCCACCAUACGAAUACGAUCUGCUUUACACUUGUAAUUAUGGACCCUCAGGGAACACUCUAGGAGAAGACAUGUAUAAGCUGGGCGCUCCUUGUUCGCAAUGUCCGCGAGGUACGAAAUGUAUGAAGAAUGAGUUUUAUGGACUCUGUGAGGCAACGAGUCCCUCCGGCCCGAUAGAAGACGAUGUUAGCGUUGAAGCCGGAACUUCUCUCCUACUGGAUUGUAAUUUUCAUACAUUUUCGCGCGGAUCAAGCGACUGCGACAUCACGACAAACGGCCCUUUCGUAAUGAAUGCGCCUUUCGCAAUUGGAAGCCAUACCGAAGUGGUGUUGCGAUCUGGCCAACAAGCGCGACUCACCUUCCAAAAGCAGUUCCCAUCUGAAAACCCGAUAUGCGUUAUAGUAGAUUACGACGUUGGGCCUGGUGAACAUGGAAAAUCUAGUUUUGGCAAGAUGCUGUUGCAAGUACGAGGCAAAAACUACGAAGCUGAAGCUAAUUUCGGUGACCCUAGUGACGAGGGAGUUCGAAAGUUCUUCUACGAUGUCGACACACUUGGUAUCGUCAAAAAACUUGAACUUUCGUUCGUGUUUUCCGUGCCAGCCGGAUCAGAGGAAACGUUCUUUGACCUGUACCGAGUACAAGUAAUCGAGGGCACCUGCUAUGGAUUUUACCAGAGGAACCAGCUCCGGGCAAAAGCGCGAGCAUAGAAUUGGGCAAACUUUCCUCGCAAUCGAUAAUACGAACUGCCUGCCGUUGUGUGAAGCGUUUGCACAACGACGUCUGCGGACCAGUCAUCCUCGUCACUCGUAAACGUAGCGUUUAAAAAUAUGGGAAAAGCGUGACACGGCAAGUGGCAUGUUCUGGACGAAACCUAUUCGCAUAAUGAGACUGAAAAGGCUAGUUACCAAGUGCAUCGUCUAAUCGAUACUUUCUUGCUAACAAUCUUUACUUCUGAAGGGGUGAGCUCAACGGUGGUUUCUUCAUCUUGUUUACUAAGUUAGCAUUCUGCUAAUGAAUGCAAGGAUACAGGGUUAUAUGGUUUGUGGCGGAGUUCUAAUGCGAUACGACAAAAUUGUGUUUGUCUGAGAACGUUAUACCCGCUUAUUCUGGGAUAAAUAGAUGAGAAUAAUGUUAUACUUGAAAAAGCAACUAACUCCAUUUAGAGCAAGAAUUGAAGAGUUCUGCAAGCAUGUUCUCGACUGAAAUGAUUCCUGUUGAUUAUCUUGUAAAUAUGAGUGGUGAUUAUAUUAUUAUAGACGGUGUAAGUUUAAUACAAAACGUCAAUGGUUACGUUGAAUAAAGCUGUAACAAUGUGUGACCAUACGCCAUUCGUAGAGCCUCAAGUUCACCAAGACAGAUCCAUCUCGUUGGAUUCAUGUUAUUUCAGUAACUAGGAUCAUCUUUGAUUACAUCCUAACCAGCGUCAUGUUUAUCAUAGUAGGUCAGCAAAGGUUAUAUUAUCGAAAAUAUGAACCAUUUAUCCUAACCUUUAUUUAUACAACGACAUGACCUUCCAAUACUGUUCCCCCGUAACUAAAUGUACCUGUACCGGGUUUGUUAGGCGUUUCUCAUGCAAGGCAAAAGAACAAUCUAAGGAUGAUUGUUGAGAAUUUUUUCUUCCCAUUUUAAUGGACACGCAUAAAGAUCAAGCACGAAUUAAACCCUAGCCAAACACAUCACUCCCUACCUACCUACAUAGUCACACAUGUGCCGCUUGACGUAUACUUACCUUUGGCACAAAGUUCUCAAAAUAUAAUUGAACUAUCUAUCCUGUGUCCAAUCGAAUUCUUUAUUGGGUUUGUAUCCUAAAGCCGAUCUAAUCACACAACUUGUAUAAGCCCCCACCAAACAGGCACCUCUAUCUAAAGGCCAACGUGUGAUUUGUUAAGUGAAACACACAGGCCAUCGGUUACCUUCACCCCCCGCCCGUGUAGAAUACAUAAAGCUAUGUAUGUUGUACAUUGAAUAAACAAGAUA